AUGUUAAAGUUAGAGUUACGUUCAAAUUAUAAUCCUGCCUUGGUAGGAUUAAGAUGUUUUACAAGAUCAAUAUCAACAUCAAAACCUAGACCAAGUGUUAUUUUCCCAAAUCAACCAGCUUCAGUUCCUAAACAAAAGAAUAAAUUAGAUAUAAGUACAAAACUUGUUGUUAAUCCACCACCAAAUCCAAAUGAUGAUGGGUAUAUAUCUCAUCCAACUUUCCCACAUCCAAAAUUUACAGGUGAAGAUUGUGAAAAAGUUCAUUAUGUUCAUAGAAAACCAAUAACUGUUGGUGAUAAGAUUGCAAAUGGUGGUAUGAGAUUUUGCAGAUAUAUGUUUGAUUUUGUUACAGGUUAUAAAAAACCAAAAGAUGUUAAUGGUAAAUUACAAACUUGGGAAGGUACAAGAUAUGAAAUGACUGAAGAAAAAUGGUUAACAAGAGUUAUCUUUUUAGAAAGUAUUGCAGGUGUUCCUGGUAUGGUUGCAGCUUUUGUUCGUCAUUUACAUUCCAUUAGAUUGUUAAAAAGGGAUAAGGCAUGGAUUGAAACUUUAUUAGAUGAAGCUUAUAAUGAAAGAAUGCAUUUAUUGACAUUCAUGAAGUUGGGUAAUCCUUCAUGGUUUACAAGAUUAAUUAUUUAUGUUGGUCAAGGUGUUUUCUGUAAUUUAUUCUUUUUGAUUUAUUUAAUAAGACCAAGAUAUUGUCAUAGAUUUGUUGGUUAUCUUGAAGAAGAAGCUGUUAGCACUUAUACUCAUUUAAUUAAAGAUUUAGAUGCUAAAAGAUUACCAAGAUUUGAUAAUGUUAAAUUACCAGAAAUUGCAUGGGUUUAUUGGACUUCACUUGAUGAAAAUUCAACAUUUAGAGAUUUAGUCUUGAGAGUUAGAGCUGAUGAAUCAAAACAUAGAGAAGUUAAUCAUACUUUAGCUAAUUUAAAACAAAGAAAAGAUAGAAAUCCAUUUGCUUUAAAAAUUGAUGGAGUUCCAUUAGAAGAUCAACCUGAUGAAUAUUCUUUAAAGACUAAACACCCUGAAGGUUGGGCUCGUGAUGAAUUGAAGCUAUGA